AUGGGAGAUCAAGAACCAGAUGCGAGUAAUCAUAUUUAUGAGGAACAUUAUUUGGCUAAUAAUGAUGACGAUGGAAUUGAAGAUUUCGAUUUUCAUGAUAAUGAUACACUAUAUAAUGGCGGAUUUCAAAUAGGAGAAUGCACUAAUCCUAAUUUAGAGGACGCAAAUAAUGCAGAAGACGAAAAUCACUUCGUUGAUGAAAACAUAGAGGUUAAUAUUGAUUUCAGUGAAGGACAACCACAUGUUACUCAUGAAGAUACAGAGUUUAAUAUUGAUUUCAGUGAAGGACAACAACAUGUUACUCAUGAUUAUGUUUCUCCUGGUGGCACCUUGUAUUGGACUCCGAUUGUUUCAGACGACAUCAAACCAAAAGUUUCAUCAAUAUUUAAUUCAUAUGGUGAAGCAGAAACAAUGUAUAGAAAAUAUGCAUUAGAAUAUGGUUUUGAUGUCAGGCUUGGAAGAGUCCAAAAAACAAAAAAUGGGAUUAUUACAAAUAGACAUCUUGUGUGCAAUCGGGAAGGUAAUCCAAAUACUAGUAAAGUAGAUACUCUAGACAUUCAACAUAAAAAGACUCAAAGAAGGAAAGAUUUAUUUAGGAGGAAUUGUAAAGCGAAAGUUGUUUUAGAAAUAAUUCCCAGUGCUCUUAAAUAUGUCGUGAGUGAUUUUGUCGAGCAACAUAAUCAUGAAUUGUUUAGCAAGGGCAAUAUGCACUUAUCUCGUUCAAAAAGAAAACUUGAUUAUUCCCAAGAAAUUUUCAUUCAUAAUUUGUCAAAACAAAACAUUGGUCCUAUAAAAGCACAUAGACUGUAUAGUGCUCUUCAGGUUGGUCCUUCGGUUCGAGGUGGAUUGGUUUCUGAUUUCAAGAAUGUUAGGAGGAAUCUUAAUUGUUACAUAGGCGGGAGGGACGCGGAGUUCCUUGUUGACAAGAUGAAUGACAGGAAGAAAAAUGUCCCAUCAUUUACUUUUGAGUAUAAAGUGUUGAACAAGAGAUUGAAUGCUCUAUUUUGGGCUGACGAAACAGCAAAGUAUAAUUACAAUUCAUUCGGAGACGUUGUGUCACUCGAUUGCACAUUCAGCAUGAAUAAGUAUGAUACGGUUUUUGUUCCGUUUACUGGCAUCGAUAAUCACAAAAAAUGUGUAACAUUUGGUGCUGGACUUUUAAGUAAAGAAGAUGGAGUUUCUUAUGAAUGGUUGCUUAGAGCUUUUUUGAAAGCUUUUAGAAAACAACCUCAAUUGGUUUUAUCUGACCAAGAUCCAACUUUGUAA